GCACUAACGAGGUAAUAAAUAAUUGGACAUGUUACUUUAUUAUAAACUGUUGUCAGCCUAUCCCUACGCCUAAUUCUCUUCACUUUUUACCCCACAUCUUCAAAUAACCUUUCCCUUUUGUUGCUUUUGGACAUAACCACCUUUAACUUUUUCAUGCUAUAUAUUAAUCUUAUGGCAAAUAAAAAUCCUCCAUUUAAGAGCAUCCCAACAACAGAAUUACAUUUAUACUGUUUGUAGUUUCUGUCUACAUAGUACCAAAGGAAAAUUUGGUGUUGGUGUGUUCCUCUGAUCCACAAAUGUGCAUUGAAGAUCAAACACAGGAGAAUUUGAGAUAGUAAUACUGGAGUUAUGGGUGGUGAUGGUGCUCGCCGCAGCAGCAGUUUAUUGAUGGCUCUUCUUUUACUUAGUUUUCUAUGUUUUGUUUCUGCUGAGAUUUUAGUAAAGCCUGCAGCCAAAACAGUUACUGGAACGACAAUCAAUCAACAUUUAGAGGCUGAGAGGAUAAUAGAAACAGAAAGGCAUUCUCUUCAAAGGACCAAUCUCAAUUAUGUCAGCAAAAGAAGAGUACCUAGUGAACCUGAUCCAAUACACAACAGGGAAGCAGGAGAGCACAUGGAAACACGCAUCCGAGCUUGAGCUUGAGGGAAAAAGUAAGAGGUUUGAUAACUACUAUUGCAAAGAGUUUCAACUGUCAACAAGAAUUAUUUUUUUUCCUACUUGGAAACUUUAAUUGUGCAUUAUGUUUCUAAGAUUGUAAAGAAGCAGAUUAGAAUCAAGUGAAUGAAAAUUUCAGCUGCCAAAUCAAAUUCAA